CCUUCACCUCAAACUCAGCACACCAAAUCUCCGUAUGACCGUAUCUUUCCCAUUUCCAUUGGUUUCCCACAGAACAACUAAAUUCUCCCCCACAUUCGCCAUUGUUGCGCACAAGAACUUCGGCAGCUUCUUCUCCAUUCCUUUCAGCUCCUUUCGCAUUCGAUUUUUUUGCACCAAACCCUCUGAUCUUCCCCAGAUAAUCAUAGCAAUACAGCAUCCCAUGCACCACACAAGCCCUCCCUCUCCACCCCAUGUCCAUCCUCUUCUCCACCCCCUCCCAAACCCGGCUUCAAAUAUUACUUUUGUAGGUUCAUCAGUGGAAUCUGGAAACUUUUAUGCUCAUUUUGAUGAAUCUCUUGUUCUGAAGAGUAAGUCCCAAGAUAUUGAGCCAUACUUAAACGGGCGCUGUAUAUAUUUUGUUGGUAUGAUGGGCUCUGGGAAAACAACUGUUGGCAACAUUUUGUCACAGGCACUUAAUUAUUCAUUUAUUGAUAGUGAUACAUUCGUGGAGCAUGAGGCAGGUGGAAAAUCUGUAGCUGAAAUUUUCAAACUCUAUGGAGAGGGUUUCUUUAGAGACAAGGAGACCGAGGCCCUACGAAAACUGUCUAUGAUGCAACGUCAUGUUGUCUCUACCGGCGGAGGUGCAGUAGUUCGGCCGGUCAACUGGAAAUGUAUGCAGAAGGGGAUUAGUGUAUGGUUAGAUGUACCCUUGGAAGCCUUGGCCCAGAGAAUUGCAGACGUGGGAACUGGUUCUCGUCCCCUUUUGCAUCAAGGGCCCGGGGAUGCGUACAGUAAAACAUUUAUGCGUCUAUCUAGUCUUUUCAAAGAGAGAGGUGAUGCAUAUGCCAAUGCCAAUGCUCGGGUUUCUUUGCAAAAUAUUGCAGCCAAAAUGGGUUAUAGGGAUGUAUCCAAUCUCUCGCCUACAUCUAUUGCUCUUGAGGCACUUCAACAAAUUGAAUGCUUUCUGGAGGAAGAGAGAGGCCGUGCCUGUGUAUUCUAAGUUGUCAAACUUCCAUGCUGCAUACUUGUGGUAUUUCUCGAUUAAUUAUUUUUCCUUUUAUCUUCUCUGUAAAAUGUGCCAUGUUUCGAUUUUUAGUACGGAAACAUGGCACAGUAUGUGUAUUUGUGUUAAUGAGGUCGUGCAUGAAAAAAUUGCAGAAA